AUGCUUGUCAUAGUUUGUCUGUGCAGCAUCGUCAUUGUCACCAUCUACUCGUACAUGAUGCUGAUCGCUAGACAACAUAUGAGGCGCAUCCAGCCGCUGAGUCGAGCCGGCGGUCCGCAGGAAGAAGCUGCAGAGAGUCACGCCUUCUAUACCGCUCUCAUCAAGCAUCUGAAGCUGGCGAAGACGUUCGGCAUUGUCGUCGGCGCCUUCCUCGUCUGCUGGACGCCGUUCUCAGUAAUGAUGGCUUUGAACCUCGCUGGCAUCCGACACGAGCGGCUGGAUCUACUGCGUGGAGUCGGCUACAUGCUGGCAUACUGCAACUCCUUCAUGAACUUCUUGAUAUAUACAGAUACGAGGCGCAUCCAGCCGCUGAGUGGAGCCGGCGGUCCGCAGAAGGAUGCUGCAAAGAGUCACGCUUUCUAUACCGCUCUCGUCAAGCAUCUGAAGCUGGCGAAGACGUUCGGCAUUGUCGUCGGCGCCUUCCUCGUCUGCUGGACGCCGUUCUUAUUGAUAAUGGCUUUGAACCUCGCUGGCAUCCGACACGAGCGGCUGGAUCUACUGCGUGGAGUCGGCUACAUGCUGGCAUUCUGCAACUCCUUCAUGAAAUUCUUGAUAUAUGCAGGGAGGAGUAUCCAGUUUCGCUCGGCGUUCUGCGCAGUGUUGCCCUCGUGCGGACACUAG